CAACCAGAGCCAGGAGGCUCCAUGCGACUCGCGGCGGCGGCGGCGGCGGCCCUGCGCACCACCGCCGCCCUCCUCCUCUUCCCGCCUCACCGCAGCACAUCCUCUCUGUGCCGCUCCUCAGUCCCCUUCGCCCGCCCGCGCCGCCACUCCUCUUCCUCCACCGCCAACGAAAGCAACGCCGCCCGCCGCCGCCGCGCCCGCGACUCGCCCGAGGGAAUCCUCAAGGGCCAACUCGACAGGUGCUCCCGCGCCAACGACCUCCCCACCGCCCUCCGUCUCUACGACGCCGCCAUCUCCCCCGCUUCCGCCGUCCCGCUCUCUGUCGGCCACUACAACUGCCUCCUCUACCUCUGCUCCAACGCCGCCGCCUCCUCCCCCGACGCCGCUCAGCGUGGCUUCGAUAUCUUCGCCAAGAUGGAGGCCUGUGGCGUCCAGCCCAACGAGGCAACCCUCACCAUCGUCGCCCGCCUUGCCGCCGCCCGCCGCGACCCCGCCAUGGCCUUCUCCAUCGUCCGCCGCAUGGCCACCGCCGGCACCGCCCCUCACCUCCGCUCCUACGGCCCGGCCCUCUCCGCCUACUGCGACGCAGGAGACGCCGACGGGGCCACCGAGGUCGAGGCUCACAUGGACGCUUCCGGGGUCGUGCCUGAGGAGCCCGAGCUCGCUGCGCUGCUCCGCGUCAACUCUGCUAGUGGGAGAGCCGACCAGGUGUACAGGCUCCUGCACAGGGCACGCGUUAUUCUUCGCCAGGUGAGUGACGCAACCGCCCUGUUAGUCGAGUCCUGGUUUGUCUCCGACGCGGCGUCAGAGGCCGGGCUGGACGAUUGGGACGCCACCAAGGUGAAGGAAGGGGUGUGCAAUGGUGGCGGCGGCUGGCAUGGCCAGGGGUGGCUCGGCAAGGGCCAAUGGAGCGUUGCCCGAAGCGAGAUGGACAAGGAUGGCACAUGCCAGCGCUGCGGGGAGAGGCUUGUGUGUAUAGACAUCGAUCCAUCAGAGACACAAAACUUUGCCGACUCGGUUGCUCAAAUAGCGAUCAAACGGGACGUCAAUUUUAUGCUUUUUCAGGAAUGGCUCCAGCACAAUGGACCAUUUGAUGUCGUUAUUGAUGCCGCUAACAUUGGCCUUUACCACCGGAACGGUUUCAGUUUUUCUGAGGUGAACCGUGUUGUGAAAGGCAUACAGAGAAUAACUAAGUCAAAGAAAUUGCCACUGAUCAUUUUGCAUAAGAACCGAGUAAACAAUGGUCCUGCAAAACAUCCACAGAAUCAAAAGCUUCUGGAGAGUUGGCAGAGGGCUGGAGCACUAUAUGCUGCACCUCCUGGUUCUAAUGAUGACUGGUAUUGGCUGUAUGCUGCUGUUAGAUGCCGGUCAUUGCUUGUUACAAAUGAUGAGAUGCGGGACCACUUGUUUCAACUACUUGGCACUAGUUUUUUCCCCAGAUGGAAGGAGAAGCAUCAGGUCAGGUUAACGUUAUCGGAUGGUGUUUGGAAUUUUCACCUGCCGCCUCCGUAUUCAAUUGUCAUUCAGGAAUCUGAAGAGGGAAGCUGGCAUGUACCAACAACAAAUGGUGAUGAUAUUGAAAAACCACGGCAGUGGAUUUGUGCUACUAGGAGAAGUUCACAGAAAUCAUCUCAGGCACUUGCAAGGGCAGCUGGAGUAGCGAAUGGGAGAAAGCCGCGUGGAGGCAACGGGCCCGUGGCCGAGGCGCAUCGUCUUCCAGCCACAACCACCGUCCCCCUCGCUCUCCCUCCCUCCCUCCUGCUCUCAUCCAAUUCAACUUGGACCACCAGCUUCCUCUUGCAUCUUCCGUCGGAGGCCAGGCGAGAGGAAGAAUAUGGAGGGCCCUGCAGCUUCACGACGAUGCCAGCAGUAGAAGCAGCUGCAUCAUCGAUGAUGGCGUCGCGCAGCGCCGCUCUGUGCUUCUCCUCCGCCGCCGCCGCUCGGAGCCGGCACAGCAGGAGGUGCUUCUUGGCCGUCAGCUGCGACGCCAGGGCCUCAGACCUACUCUAUUCCUCGCUGGCUGCCAAGCUGCUCGGCCCUCCGACCAGCUUCGACGCCGGCAAGCUGACGGUGGAGUUCGCCAACAGCCACAGCCACAGCAGCAAGCGCGUCGGCUUCCCCAGGGCCUACACCCUCACCCACUGCGACUUCACCGCUAACCUCACCCUCGCCGUCUCCGACACCAUCGCCUCCGACCGCCGCCGCCUCAGGGCAGACGACGUCUUCGCGGAGUGGAAGCAGCAGCAGGACGCCGGGGGCAUGGCCCUGCACGUCCACUGCUUCGUCAGCGGCGCCAACAUCCUGCACGGCAUCGCCGCCGGCUUCAGAUACUACGUCUUCUCCAAGGAGCUGCCGCUGGUUCUCAAGGCGGUUGUUCAUGGCGAUGCUUUGCUGUUCGCGGAGAAGCCGGAGCUGCUGGAAGCGAAGGUGUGGGUGCACUUCCACUCCAGCUCCAACACCAAGUACAACAGGCUCGAGUGCUGGGGUUCUCUCAGGGAGGCCGCCGACGCCAAGACCACAUUGCGCAAGAGGCAACUGGACGGCCGGCUGGAGCAACUGCACAACGCAAUCGCCAAAGGCACAAGACGAAGGCGUAGGAGGAACUGGUCUAGCCCGGACGCCAUCUUCAGCGCCCUGCUCGCCCUUCUCCUUUGAUUCCACUCCACUACACAUUGAAUUCUUCCUUACAGCAAGCGACAUACGGAUACAAUUCAUUCUUUGCUGUGCAUCCACCGGACACUUGACAUGUAUGUAUAGUAUGUAUCAUCAACAAAAAAGAAACAAUCAAUCGUGCUUUCUGAUGCAAGCAUUCUUAAA